AUGGCAUCAGAAGCAAACUCUGCGACUCCAUUGAAUUCAAUUUCAUUAAACGUCCAAAGACAAACUAAUGUGCAGGAUAAAGCUAUAUCCCAUCAUAACGUUGCGAAUAGUAUUGUGAAGCAUGUGAAAAUCACAAUUAACAAUCACGACGUAUCCCCUGGCGAAGAGGAUGAUGAUGAAGAUGAAGACAACAAGGAUGACGAAGUGGCAACUGACAUUGUGAAACUCGAUAAGAAUGAAAGUCGGUCAAUUUCUUCUCAGUCUACGAAUUCAUCGGGCACAGAUGGCACAGACAUCGUUAAGUUGGGUAGAUCUAAAGAUUCACCAACAUUAACUAGCAAAAAACUAGUCGCUUUAUUCAUUGGUGAUUUGGAUGAGAAGGUUACCGAAAAGAAUUUGAGGGAUACUUUUAAUAAGUUUGAGUCGUUUGUUUCGGCCAAGAUCUGCAUUGAUUCCAAUACCAAAAAAUCACUUGGGUAUGGUUACUUGAAUUUCUCUAAUGAAGAAGAUGCCGAAAGGGUUAUUGAGGAAUUUAACUAUAUUCCAGUCUUUGGCAGGGAGGUGCGCCUUAUGCCAUCUCUAAGAAAUUCUUUCUACCGUAAGAACAUAGGAACCAACGUUUUCUUUUCAAAUCUACCUUUGGAAAACCUCGCGUUGACGACAAGGGUAUUCUACGAUGCAUUUAAAAAGUAUGGUAAGAUAUUAUCCUGUAAGUUGGAUAGGAGAAAGAAUAUUGGAUUCGUUUACUUCGAAAAGGACUCUGCUGCAAAGGAAGCAAUUGCAGAAUACAACGGUAAAGAAUUUUUCGGAAAUAACAUUUUAUGUGGUAUUCACUUUGAUAGAAAUGUCAGGAAAUCUCCAGAGUUCGAGAAAAGGAAAGCAAGAUUAGAAGAUAUGACUUUGGUUAAAGAAAGCUUAGUUAUGGAUAAUAAUCAGGAAAUUCCCUCGGGAUCCAAAAUGAAAGGACCACACCCAAACGCUGUCUUCAUCAAAAACUUGCCUCUAAAUCCUGAUUCAGACUUAUUACUAGAUUACUUUUCUCAAAUUGGUCCUGUAAAAUCAAUCUUUACAUCCAAUGUUUCAAAGUUAAAUUCUGCAUGGGCAUUCAUUACAUUUAAGAAGGGCAGUGACGCCCAAGAUGCAAUUGAUAGUUUGAACCAUAGUCAAUUAGUAGGUAGGACUAUCGAACUAUCAAGAGCGCAGAAAAAUUUCCAAACAGAUAUCGAUGCUGCAAAUGCAGGCUCCAGUUCCAACGCAGCAGGUUCUGCGAAGUCCACUGACUCUGAUGGUUCUCCACAGCAUAACUCAUCAUACAAGUUGACAGUGUACUUGAGUAGCUUGAGCUCUAUUUGCAGUGAGCAAUUCUUGCAAUGCUUCUGUGCAGAAGAAAGAAUUAAGACAAAAAGAAUCUGCAUUCGUUUCUAUGAUGAAUCAACACUGACCUUUUCCGGCUUUGUCCAGUGUCAGACAAGAAACGAUGCAAACAGAUUGUUUGAGUUGUUAAACAAGAAAUUAUUGGGAGACUCUACGGUUAAGGCUUCUUGGAAACCGUGUAAGGAGGCCAAACCGAUCAAUACCGCUGUCGCAGCUGCCCCCGCAGCUUCCCAAUUAAAACCACCAAAUAGCCAUAAAAAGCCAGCCGCGCCAGUUAAUAUCCGCAGGGAACCAUAUAUUUACAGGGCACCAGCACCAGAAUAUAGAGGGUACAAUCCUCUGAAAAACAAGAUGCUACAGCAGCAAGUUUUAAUGGCUCCAUCAAAUGCAAAACCAGUGGUAAAGGAUCCAAACUCUAAGGAAACAUUCGUUGCUUUGAAGAAAGAGGUGCGCAGGUAUAUCGAUUUCCUAAAAUUCCCAUUGGCUACGAGGGAACAAAAUCUAAAUAUUAUCAGCAAAUAUAUUCUGGAAGUCUUUUAUCAAAAUAGAAUAGAGGCUAUUACUAGAGUUUUGUUGAUGAAACAGAAUCAUAAUUACUUUGAAAGACAAUUCCAAGAACAAGUGGAGGAGUCUAUUGCUCAAUUAGGGUUAGAAGGAAGGUAG